AUGAAGCCUUCCUGGGCUAUUCCUGGGACAAGCCUAUUCGAGUUGCGAGGCGGCCUCCAGAGAGCUAUGGCUUCAAGGAGCAUGUGGCAGCUUUGUUCUCCUUUUGUACCUCCUGAGAAAUUGGCGAUUGCCGUGGCAAUCAACGUCUGCCUGAAAGGGUUCACCGAUGUGCCGGCGCUCUUCGCAGCUUUGGUUUCAGGCCUUGGAGUGGCAGGGCUGGAGGCAGACCGGUUGCGUUCUGUAGCUGCGAUGCGACAGUCAGAAGAGCUUGCACGUGGCUUCGCCGGGUCGGUGAGACGAGCUCAGAGCUCUGACGCCAAUGAUCUGCGCAUGAUCAUGGGUGAGAUCGAGGAACAUGGACAGGCAGAUGACAUCGACGAUAUGGUCGGUGCGUUGAUGACAAGCAACGUAUCCACAAGGCGCAUGCGCUUAGUGAUAAAGCUGGCCGGCCGUCUGGGCGAUGCAUCGGACUGGAGCAGGGCGGUUUUCCUGAUGAGCGCCAGCUUUCUCGUCUUCCAAUGCCGACAGGUGUAUCUUUAUCGGAUUCCUCAAAAUGGCGUUGCUGUGGGGUGGUUCCUCCUCAGUAUCGCGGUGCUCGAGGCGAUUCUUUGGCCGGUGCUCUUUCUGCAGUUGGCCAUUGAGUCAAAGGCAUUUGCCGAGCGAUGUGUGAAAUUGUUGUUGAUUCUUUUGCCUGGCAUGAUCGGCCUCUGGGGCGGUGUCUCAUACGAUGCGACGGCACACCUCUGUGUGAUUCCGCUGAUCCUUGUGUUGUCCAUGAUGGGGCCGCUGCGUGUGAUCCGCAUGCCGGUCGUGGGGCCAGCCUUGGUUCGCAUGCUCUUUGGAAGGAGCCCGUGCCAGUCGACUGUACGGCCUGUUCAGCGUCCAGAAGGUAAAGAGAGUGGUCAGCGCGAUGACAGCGAUACCUUCUCGAUGUGA